AUCUGCAUCAAGAGCUUGAAGCAACUGUUUCAUACAUAUGUUAUCCAUAAAAAAGUCCUCAAAUAUAUUUUAACCAACAAACUCUUGCAAGACCACCUGGAAUUGUUCUUUGGUGCAAUCAGGUCAAGAGGUGGUUAUAAUAAUAACCCGACUGCAAGACAUUUCGAAAGUGCUUUCAAAUGGUUGCUAGUGCAUGCAGAAAUUAGAGGUCCAGAUACCGACAAUGUGACAAACAUUGAAAAAUUUCCAAUUUUAUCAUGUGGAAGUGGUCAAACCAUUACGUUCAAUGACGAUAAUGAAUGCAUUUUAAAUAGUCCUGAAUAUUCAAGAUUGGAGGAGAGUAUGACAGAGCAAAUGGAGAAUUAUAAUUUUUCUUCAUCUGCUGUGUAGGAUUUGACCCCUUAUUGCGAAGAUGUGGUAGGAUAUAUUUCAGGUUUUGUGAUCAGGAGAUUAAAAAAUUGUGUCAAAGAGUGCACUUGAAACUGACAAAUUGGAAGAGCGAAAGCGAAAGCAGUAUGGAAAUUUGAUUAAAGCUUCUCCAACUGUUUGUGUGAGGUCGCAGAGAAGUGCUUUAGACUUUUUGAAAAAACAGUUGGGAUUUUUAAUAAGAAUAUAAAAAAUCUUGAAUCUAUAUUAAUUCAAAAAACAAUGAAUACAAUUGAAUAAUCAUAUAUUCAAUAGUUUUUUUUCUGUAUGCAGUAAGCAUUUCAAUGAUGGAGGGACCACGACCUGAGAUGGAAAGCGAGCAUAUUGAGUGUGUUACAAAUACUGAUGUAAUCAUUCCAUUGAUGGAGGAAACACCUGAGAUGGAAAGCAAGCAGCUUGAGAGUGUAAUUUCAAAUACUGAUGAUAUUCCUUUGCGUGCACCCGUUGGAACUUCACAUUCGAAAAAAUUUUCAAAAUCUCUAAGAAGAGACAAAAAAUUGCAAGAUAUGAAGAGGACAAUCAACUCCUUACGAGCUAAGCUGAAUAGAAGGAAAUCACAAAUUUGCUACUGCAAAGGUAAGCCUGUUAAACCAGUUUUAUCCAGCAAAAAAACUGCAAUUUUUCAGUUGAUAAACGAAUCUAAAAAAUUCCUAUCCAAAGAGGCACAAACAGCUUUGUCCUUAUUCUGACAUGUCUUUACUGACUUGUACAACUGUUUAAGGUUUUUUUAAUUGUGGUUCGAAAAAUUCUCUAACUAAUAUGUUGAAUAUUCUUGAAAUGUGUAUGUUAUGAUUGUAUAUCAAAUUCAUAAUUUCUGAUGAAAAUUGUACAAAUUCAACUAUUGUUAUUAAUUAAAACAUGUAUAUAACACCAGGAUGAUAUAUUUUCAUCAUAUACUUGUGUCCUAUAUUCAAAGCUCUAUUAUCUGUAUACAGGUAUUUUCAAAAGUGACUUGUUGUAACUUCUGUUUAAAACAAUUCUCACCUAAAUACAUCCUAUGUCAUCUUCAGUUUUGUCAUAUUUUCUUGAAUAUUUCAAAUAAAACGUUCAGCAAAUCUAACUGAGUAUUUCAUUUAAAAAUUUAUUCCCAACAAUGUUUACAUAAAAAAACAUCCUGAUCACAAAACAAAGCCCUACUUUUGUUAUGUCGUUCAGGAUUUUUUUCUGUCUUCGACAAGUCGAUAUUCGAAAUAUGAAGAGUAGAAUUCGAAUUUCGCGCACCUUUAUUCAAGGAAUAGAAUUAAAAUUUCGCACCCUUUCUUCCAAGGAUAUGAUUUGAAUUUCGCGCCAUUCAUUUAUACAACAGAAAACUGUUAUUCAACAUUUGAGAGCACGAUUUUAGCGCCACCUGAUUGUCAAUUGGGUGCAACACAGGCCAAAACGUAUAGGCUUUUUAGUACUAGCGAUAUGAGGCUGUUUCCUAUCUUCCUAACUCUAUAAUCUUUGUAUUGCACUGAUACAACAGAAGCAGAAUUGUAGAUUUUGCUAGUACUAUGGAGGUACGCCUGCACCUCUUGUACUUAGUAAUUCGUUGGUAAAAAUUUUCGUUUACACUGAAGGUCAGCAGUCGACAUGCAAUUUUUAGUUGCGCAACUGUUUAGUCGCCUAGGUAUGCAUAUAGUUGCAUGUCCUGAUAAAUGAAUAGCACUAAUUUUGUAACUUGACAACAGUUGCGCAACUAAAUUGAAUCUCGGUGGUUGACCUGAAACACGAAUUGCAAAAAAAAAUGUGGAACUUACGUACUUUGGUCCCCCGAACAAAAAACCCAAAUAAAAUUUUCGGCUAUAACGAUCAUAUUGCGAAAUUCACAAAAUGUGUCUUUGCUUCUACUAGAACACUGCACGCGCACUCAAGUCACUCGUUUACGUUACCUGCAAUCGGCACUACCUGAUGUCGGGACUGAACUUACUGAACUGAAGAGAGGUGAAAAGAGUAGUUUCGCUAGGGACGAUGUUGUUGAUCAUAGAAUCCGAAAGGGGUUCUUCUCUUCUUCUUUGAUCAAGGUGGCUUAUGUUUUUAACGAC